AUGAAUAACCAAACCAACAACACAGCUAUAAGCUCCCAAGAACCUCAACCAGUCACUGACAAUAGUUCCUCGAUUCAGAAUAGCGAACGACUAGAUUUUAUACGAAAUACGGUUAAUCAGGCACAAAAUAUAUCCAGACCUUGUGACAUAAGUCGUGAAGACAUUUUGACUUCAAACAAAAGGAUAGAAAUGAUGUUACAGGAGGUGAUGACCACCAUGAACGCAGGCUUUGAGUCCGUGCAUGCCUCAAUACGUUUGCUUCAGGCUACACAAUCCCGUCAAACGACAGAGCUCCAGAAGCUCAACAGAUAUUUUACCGAUUUCUUUUCUCUUGGAAACGCCCUUUUCAAUCCCUCUUCAGCAAACCCACAAACACCAAACCCAUCAACACAAACCCCACCAUCAGCCGUACAUCUUCAACAGAGUGCGGCUGUCGAUAUUCCAUCGACAGCAAAUAUACCAUCCAGUGUCGCUAUGAAAUCAUCAUUUCCUCAAUAUAAAAUGAAUAGAAUAAUUGUCACUGUCACUGACCUUUGGAGAGAAUACGCAUCUGGUUUCAACGACAGUCCAUCAAUACAAUCUUUAGAAGCAAAAUAUGGUACAAGGUGGAGGCAGGACAGAAAAGAAUCCAGAUACUUUAGCAGAAGAAAAGAAAUAUACGAUGCCAUAAAAUCAAAAGCAGAACAAGAAGAUAUCUCGUACGAACUAGCUGCACAAUGUAUGGAGGCUCAGCGAGUACAGCUUGAGAAGGCAAAAUAUGAACAGACUAAAAAGAUUGUCAAUUUAAGAAUGCAGUAUAAUCUUGCCAGUGAACUUUCUUUUAAUAAAUUUAAACUCAUGGCAAGAUCCAUACAGACCAAAAAUAAUAAUGGCAAUAAUAGUGAAAAUACAGUACAUGAGACUCUUUAUGAUACACCAUUAAUGAUCAUUGUCUUACAAUCACUUUUGAAAACAAAAAUUCUAUAUAUAAUUAUUGGUUUAUUAUUGGUCUCGCAUUUUUCUGCAAAUCAACGGCUUUCCAAAUCAAGUUUUAUUUGUGAGACCAGUGUUUCUUUGUGGAAGCAAAAAUAUGAAAGGGUUUUGUGGGGGUGCACUCUAUUUAUUCUUGAGAACUGGGUUAUGAUGAGUUCAAUAUUUGUCUUUAGUUGA